CAAAAAUUUGCAGAUGAAGUAUAGGUGAUCCAGUGGGGAAAUUGCUUUCCGCGUGGCUCAUUGACAUUCAAUUUUGGCUGGAUUUGAAUUGAACAUUUCAAUUUGUAGCAGCCAUGGUGACCACAGAGCCAGUUGCCCCCUACAAUAGCCCAGGAGUACCAGACUUGCCUUUCUUUAACACAGGAGAAUCACAAAAUGCAAGCCCAAUGGUAUCUGCAACUGUUUUUGGAUUGGUAGCUGUAAUUUUUUUUGGAUUGCUACGCAUGACAGGCCUUGUUAUCUUCUAUGAAAGCAUUGUGAAGAAGAAAUGGGCUGUGAAUUCUGCAUUUAUGGCUCUCUAUGCAUAUGCAGCUGUUUUGAUCUGUUGGGUGACUUGGGCGUACAAAAUGUCAUUUGGUGAUGAACUCCUUCCAUUCUGGGGAAAGGCAGGACCUGCAUUUGCCCAGAAGAUUCUCAUAAAAAAUGCCAUUGUCCCUGAAACAGAGCAUGGCUACAAGGAUGGAUCACUGGAGACGGCUACCUUUGUGUUUCUCCAGUUCGUCUUUGCAGGAGUAACAGUGGUCAUAUUGACCGGGGCUUUGCUUGGAAGAAUGAAUUUCAAAGCAUGGAUGGCUUUUGUGCCACUCUGGCUCACAUUUUCAUAUACUGUUGGAGCUUUUAGUUUAUGGGGAGGAGGAUUCCUUUUCCAGUGGGGGGUCAUUGAUUUUGCAGGUGGUUAUUUCACCCAUCUCUCUUCAGGAACUGCAGGUUUUACAGCAGCCUGUUGGGUAGGACCUAGGCUACAAGAGGACCGUGAAAAAAUUCCUCCAAACAACGUUCCGCUUAUGCUGACUGGAGCUGGUUUCUUGUGGUUGGGUUGGUGUGGUUUAAUUGGAGGUGCCCCUUAUGCUGUUAUUUCUUUUUCUUUCAUGGCUGUUUUGAAUACCAACAUAUGUGCAGCUACCAGUCUUCUUGUAUGGACUUGUUUGGAUGUUAUAUUCUCUAAGAAGGCCACAGUCACUGGGGCCUUGCAGGGAAUGAUAGCUGGACUUGUCUGUAUUACCCCAGCCGCUGGUAUUGUCCAAGGAUGGGCUGCUAUUGUGAUGGGAGUACUCUCCGGUAGCAUUCCAUGGUUCACCAUGAUGAUUGUUCACGAGAAGUCAGCCAUGCUAAAGAAAGUUGAUGAUACAUUGGCUGUAGUCCAUACUCAUGCAGUUGCAGGAUUAUUGGGUGGAGCUCUUACAGGGCUUUUUGCAGAUCCUACUCUCUGCAGCCUCUUCCUAGGAGCAAUGAAUUCCAAGGGAGCAUUUUAUGGGGAUGGUAUGCAAUUUGUUAAGCAAAUUGUGGCAGCUGCUUUUGUCAUUGCCUGGAACAUUGUUGUCACAAGCAUAGUCAUGGUGGUCAUUGAUCAUUUCAUCCCAUUGAAGAUGCCAGAGUUACAACUUCAGAUAGGGGAUGCUGAAGUUCAUGGGGAGGAAUUAUAUGCUCUGUGAGGUGAUGGAGAGAAGCAUGACGAUACACAGCAUGGCUUGUCUGAUGACACACAACAUGAUAAACUGGAUGGAACUACAGCCCUAGGGCUAACCAUAGAGUUCUGAUCUCCAAUAGGCCUCUUUCUCCUGCAAUUAUUUUACAAGACUAGAAGAUGGGUAGGGAAUGAAGUAUACAAGUGUUUUCAAUCUUACUUCAUAGAAUGCAGUUUCCUUUGUUGUGGGUUGAUCUUGCAAGUUUGGGUUACUUUUAUGGGCAUUGAUUUGAUCUGUG